AUGGUCCAGGAUCUUAGAGUUUCCAACAGCUCUACAUUCCAGGUCUCAGAGUUCAUCCUGAUGGGCUUCCCAGGCAUUCACAGCUGGCAGCACUGGCUCUCCCUGCCCCUGACCCUGCUCUACCUCCUAGCUCUCAGUGCCAACACUGUCAUCCUGAUCGUCAUCAACAAGGAGGCAGCACUGCGCCAGCCCAUGUACCAUUUCCUGGGCAUCCUAGCAGUGGUGGACAUGGGCCUGGCUACCACCAUCAUGCCUAAGAUUUUGGCCAUCCUCUGGUUUGAUGCCAAGGCCAUCAGUCUCCCUGAGUGCUUUGCUCAGAUGUAUGCCAUCCACUGUUUUGUGGCUAUGGAGUCAGGCAUUUUUGUAUGCAUGGCUAUAGACAGAUACGUAGCUGUUUGCCAACCUCUACGGUACUCAUCAAUAAUUACUGAUUCUUUUGUCAUCAAAGUCAACUUGCUCAUGGCUCUCAGAAACUUUCUUUCACCCAUCUCAGUGCCUGUACUUGCUGCUCAGAGACACUACUGCUCUCAGGACCACAUUGAUCACUGUCUGUGUUCUAACCUUGGUGUUACUAGCCUAGCCUGUGAUGACACGAAAAUCAACAGUAUCAACCAGAUAUUUCUGGCAUGGACACUUAUGGGAAGUGACCUGGGCUUGAUUAUUUUAUCAUAUGCCUUGAUUCUUCACUCUGUGCUGAAGCUGAAGUCAGUAGAAGCUGCAUCUAAGGCCAUGAGUACCUGCACAUCCCAUCUCAUCUUGAUCUUUUUCUUUUACACUGUCAUUAUUGUGAUUUCUAUUACUCAUGCUGGAGGAAUGAAAUUUCCCCUAGUCCCAGUUCUACUUAAUGUUCUGCAUAAUGUCAUUCCUCCUGCCCUCAAUCCAAUGGUUUAUGCACUCAAGAAUAAAGAGCUCAAGCAGGGCAUUAUAAAAUGUUUAGGUGAAAAAUUGAUGGAAACAAAAGAAAUAUACUUCACUGCCAAAAAGCAGCAACACAUUGGUUCUGGUAUCAAACAGACUUCAUCCUAA